AUGGGCAAGGGGAAGAAGGAGGCCAAGAGCCGACAGGCUCCACCAGCAUAUUGGUACACUCAGAAUACAUGCUUGACCAAGGAGCAAAACAAAAUCUCCCAGGAGACAGUCCGAAGACAGCUCGCCGCUGCGCCCGGUCCAAACCUAAACCUUGGAAACGUGGACCAGAAGACGAAAUCGGGCUAUCCACAUAAAUAUUUCAAUUAUGAAGAGGGUCCAGACAAGGAAGGUCUAUUCCGUAGACGGACCAAUAGCUCGACUACUUCGUAUCGUGAAUAUCCAGUCAUGCCAACUGGACCUGCUUAUCCUUUCGACACGAAACCAAAAACUCGCCCUGGAGCUUUUCGGGCCAUCACCAACCAGAAUAAAACGUUCAAAGGAGUCAUAUGCCAUAAUGGGGAAAACGGAGAUCCAGCCAAGGGAUAUUUCCAUCGUGCGACGGAGACUCCACGGUGA